UGUAAGGUCCCACCCCUACAACGAUCAAACAGAAAAAUGCUGCUCUUGGCAUAUGUGCUCAGAAAAACCUGGUGAAGUAUGGGAUUAUAUCUACCUAUUUUUAAAAUGUGAACUUCUAGAUUGGAUUAAAUACCAUCCACAAGGCAAGAAGCUCUUUGGACUUAGUCAGACCUCCAAGGAUCCUGGUGGACUGCCACCUUCCCUUGACAAAUCAUCAUAGAGUACCAGCGAGUAAGUCAAACCUAGCCAUUUUAUUCAUACGAUUAGUGGUCCACUAGUCCAGAAGUCAUGGAUCUUACUUUGUGGCAGUACCAGUUUCGAAUCAUCAUGCUAGGAGACUCCACAGUGGGCAAGUCAUCCAUGCUGAAGCGCUACACAGAGGACCUGUUUCUGGAGUGCAUAAACCAGACUGUCGGUGUGGACUUCUAUGUACACUUCCUAGAGGUGGAGCCUGGGGUGAGAGUGAAACUGCAGUUCUGGGAUACAGCUGGCCAGGAGAGGUUUAGGUCUGUGACCCGCUCGUACUACCGUAACUCCGUCGGAGGUCUGCUGGUGUUUGACCUGGGCAACCGUGCCUCUUUUGAGCAUUUGCGGCAGUGGCACGCAGAGGUGUGUGAGCGAGUACAACCUUACACUGUGCUUUUUGUUCUGGUGGGACACAAAAGUGACCGAGAUCAGGUUGGAGAACGGGAGGUGGACCGAACUGAGGCCGAAAGGCUUGCAAGCCAGUUAGGAGCGCUGUACAUUGAGGCCUCUGCCAAAACGGGUCACAAUGUGAAGGAUGCAUUUGACCUGUUGACCCGGCGGAUUUAUCAGGGCUUGAAGAAUGGAGAGGUGGAGUUGCGUGAGGGAUGGGACGGGGUCAAGAGCUCAGCUCCUGCUACAGAAAUGCUCCAGAAAAUCCAGAAAAAUGAACCUUCUAAGAAAAACAAGAGCUGUGCCUGCUAACCAGUUCACUUAAAAAUGUAAAUUCUGUCAUUAUUCACUUAUAUUUAUGUCAUUCCUUACCCACAUGCUGGUAUUUUUUCCUGUGGAACAUAAAACAUUUUUGAAGAAGAAGAAGAAUCUUUACAUACAGGUAGCUCUAUCCCAUACAACGACAGUGACCACGGUAUGUCAAGCUCUAAAAAAGUACAAAAAAAGCAGGCUUGACAUCAUGGUGUUUGGACACAAGACACGCAAGAACCAAAGAAAUAUGUUAUUGAUGUCUAACCUGCACCAAAGUCACCAUUUUUUUCACCAUCAUGUCAGUUCAUAUUUCUUGAUUCAACAAUAGGUAUUGCAUCAACUGUUUAUAUAAACUGAUGUUUGUUUUACACUUAUCACUAUAGUGUCUGAAUCCUUAGUUUCACAAAUAUGAAUUUGUUGCUGAAUCAAAAAGGGUGCC